AUGCAAAAGAAGAUUGAUGAAGGUUGGAGCUCAUUUGCGGGAAAAGCUUCCGUCGGUGAAACCGCUUACGUCGAUGUUAGCCCUAAUUUUUCUCAAAACGCCCGGAUCCAGCCUGCUUGGUUGACAAGGAGGAGAAUGCUGACAGUUGUCUGGGCGCUUUCCUCGGAUGCGUUUCCGGAGUACGUCAGCGGCAUUUACGUUUUCACUCGGGACGCUCAUGGUGCUUGUUUUCUUUCACCGCACAUGUUCGGCUUGCGAGCAGAAGCCGACAAAUUUUAUGUGUUGCGAGUAAGUGCCAGCCUUCAGCCGGAGAGUAACCACACUACACGUGUAGGUAUUCAUUCGAAGGCUUUUAUGGUCGCUGGCGGAUUCCUGUUCGUGUAUGAAACCUUCACCAACUCCGCUGUCGGUGCAAGGUACAGCAAGCACAAGUUCGCUUCUUCUUCGGUUCGUCGUUGGCGGGAAUUGAAGAUUCCGUGUUUCGCAUGUGUUCUUCGAGGACUUUAUCUGCGAUUUCCUGCUCAUCGGGGAACUGACCAGUGUCAAGUUUCGAAUCCUAGUGUGGAGGAAGACGGUGGGAUAAUUAUCGUGACUUCAUCUUUGGUGGUCACACGGAAGCGUAUUUGGGGAAACGCGGACAUGCGGUUCAUCCUUGGCGCAUUUCUGGUUGAACAGCACUUCUCAGGGAAUCCAGACAGGGACUCGGGGGAAAAUUCCGCGAAGGAAAGUUUGAAUUUAUUUCAUAAUUACCUGGGUCACAUAUGCGGAUAUCAACGCCAAGGUGAAGAAAGUCGGCUGGCCUUCGUGGGGCUCGCGGGAGCAAUUCAACGUAACCAUCCUUCUGUCACUGUGGUAGGCUCUCCAAACGGAGCACCAGGAUCAUUCGUGAUCCAAAUCGACGGUCAGGAUUUUUUUUCUCGGCCGCCGAAUGGCCCGUAUCCGGAUCUUCAAGCGGUAUUGAAUGCAAUCAAUCAAGCUCAAAUGAAUCGCUGGAGACAAGAACAGGAAGAGGCUGGCUGUUGUCCUUGUUGCAACAUCAUUGGGGAUUUGAGCAGUGGACCUAAUCCAUUCAAAGCUGCCAUAAGCAGCAGUCAGUCAGCACAAGGUUUUUGUUAUUUCGUGGGCGGAAAUAAGCAAUCCAAGACCGCGAGCCGACGUCGGUUAAUGGUGGUUCGUGUUACUUUCAAAAGUGAACGGUCCUAUACUGUUGUUCGUUGGAUCGCUGAAGUUGCAGGAUUUCCGUUCGCCUUAUGUGUGCACUGCUCAUCAACUGCGUUUGAAGCCGUGAAGCUUUUCUCAAGCGAGUGUCAUUUAUUCGAAGUGCAUCCCGUAUUCCGUAUCCUGCGCUCAUGCUCUGUAGCCGUGGAGUAUUUAUCAUCCCCGGGAAACAUAGAUCCCACUUUGAUCACCAUCGGUGGCACGUGCGAUGAAAACUUCUUCGUCGCUGGAGCUUCGAGGAACUGGGUUGUAUAA